UUGUUUAUCAGUUGGCGCUAAAUAUUGUAAACUAUAAAAGCCUUAUUGAUCGUAUUUUCCGAUUACUGUUAUAUAUACUUUUUAUAUCCAAUUGAACGAAUCAAGAUAUCAGUUGUCGUCCUACAGCCGAAAGACACAGCGUUUUUAAUUAGUAAUCUUCUUUUAAAGUACUUUGUAAUUUGUGUCAACUGAUCUAUUGAAAAUGGAUGUGACCGAUGUGGCAACUGAAAGUGGUAUUUAUUUGGAAAGUGUAUUUAUUCGGGAAUUCUCAUCGAAAAAAUGUGGUGUAGCUCAGCUACAAAUAAUGAACGAUGCUGAUAAUGUAAUUGUUGUAUUGAAAGGUACCAGUAUUAAAAAAGAAAUAAAAAUAGAUAAAUUCUGCGAAUUUUAUAUAGUGUCAAAUGACUCUUGCAUUUUAGUUGUUGAUGGAGAUUGUUUUAUGAUUCAAUUUAAAGAUAAACAUGAACUGAACAUUUUGCACGAGAAUAUUAAAAAAGUUAAACAUUAUUUGAAGACCUCAGUGUUUUCUGAAAGAACUGAUGAGGCUUCAGCUACACAAUAUUUUCAAUUUUAUGGUUAUAUAUCUCAGCAACAAAACAUGUUACAAGAUUACAUUAGGACAAAUACAUAUCAGAAGGCUUUUUUUAAAAAUAGUGAUGAUUUUAAAGACAAAGUUGUCUUAGAUGUAGGCUCUGGUUGUGGUAUUCUAUCUUUUUUUGCUGUCCACGCUGGUGCUCGAUUAGUAUAUGCUGUAGAAGCAAGUUCGAUGGCCCAACAUUCAAAGGUUUUAGUAAGUGCAAAUAAUUUGCAAGAUAAAAUCAAAGUUAUCUCAGGAAGGUUAGAAGAGAUAGAAUUGCCUGAGAAAGUCGAUAUUAUUGUUUCCGAACCAUUGGGAUACAUGUUGUUUAAUGAAAGAAUGAUAGAAACUUAUCUUUUUUCGAAGAAAUGGCUUAAACCAGGAGGUAUCAUGUUUCCUUCCAGAGGUGAUUUGCAUAUUGCUCCAUUUAUGGAUGAUGCUCUCUUUAUGGAAAUAACAAGUAAGGCAAAAUUUUGGGAUCAAACUUGUUUUCACAAUGUUGAUUUGAGUGCAUUAAAAGAAGUCGCUGUGAAAGAAUACUUUCACCAGCCCAUUGUCGAUUCUUUUGAUAUAAGAAUUUGUCUAUCCAAAUCAUUACGAUAUUCGGUUGACUUUGCCAUUGCAAAAGAAAGAGAUCUUCACAAAAUGGAAAUACCCCUAGACUUUUGUAUUCUUGAAACUGGAACUAUCCAUGGAUUGGCAUUUUGGUUUGAAGCAGCAUUUGUGGGCUCUAAAGAAACUGUUUGGCUGUCGACCGCUCCUACUGAACCACUGACUCAUUGGUAUCAAGUUAGGUGUUUGUUAAAGUCACCAUUACCUGCAAAAUCUGGACAACGUUUGGUUGGAACUGUUAUCUUAACAGCCAAUAAAAAACAAAGCUAUGAUAUAUUUAUUGAAUUGGCUAUAGAAGGGUUCGAAGACACUAAAUCAUUCAAUUACUUAGAUUUGAAGAAUCCUUAUUUUCGUUAUGCGUCUCAUACACCUACUGUAAGCACAAUAUCACCCAGCGAAGCAUAUUGGGCUCACUUAGAUCAGCAGACUUCAUCCAAGCAAGGUGCCAAUUUAAUUCCAGAAAAUCUUAUUGAGGAUAUCUCAUUAGAUUUAUCUGGUAAUUCCAAUGUUAGUAACUCAGAAAAAGUGAAUUACAUCACAUUUAUAAAUGCCGAGUCUCCAAGAGCCCCAAAGGUUCAUAUCAGGAGUGAAGUAUUGAAACAACGAUCAGUUCUUUGUCCUGCAACUUCAAGCACAGGGGAAAGACGCUCUCAGCGGCCAAAAAAAAUAGCUUUGAGAUAUUCACCUUAGAAUUUAUGUAAACAAAUCUAAAAAUCUUUUUUUAAGUUAGUUCUAUUAGUUAUACUAUUCACCUCUUAUAAUUUUUAUUUUUAUUUUAAAGUGUGAAAUAUUGUGCUAACAAAUAAGUGAUUAUUGUAUCUAUAAUUCAUUCUUAUAACAAUGAAGUUGAUGACUGAGUAUCAAUAAAGGACUAAGGCCCCAAUCACAAAUAUAUAUAUAU